AGUUCACUAACACUACCAGUGUGUGUGUGUGUGUGUGUGUGUGGACAAGGGCGGCCAGCUCGUAAUAAUCAUCUGUUUUCUGAAACCGUUCGGAGCCAGAGUUCACACAAUCAAAAACAAAAAAACGCAAGACGUCUAGAGAUGUUGCGUUAGUCGUCUUAGACGGAGGGACACACUGCUGGCCCGUGUGAUGUGUCCCUUAUCGAUAGUGUACCGAAGUUCUUUGUGCUUCAUACUGAAAGUGAAAAUGAAAAGCAAUCAGUGAGGACGUACAGAAAAAGCAUCAAUUAAUCGUGAGGUUCUGGUUUUGUGAAAAGUGUGAUUACCCCUGUGCACCGACUAACGUCAGCACACGCAAAACUGCACUCGCUGUGGUGGUAGAAGAGCGAGAGCGAGAGAGAAAGAGAGGGAGAGCAUUCUAGUACAUCCCCCACUUCAGGGGCGAUGGGUGGAAAUAACUUUUCACCGUUCUUCACCGUCCACGGCGUUGGAAAAUGCGUCGCGCACGGCACCGCGACACCGCAUGGAGACGCCACAGCAUCAUCGUCAUCAUCAUCAUCCCACGCCGGGGCGGUUCUUCUUCAAUGGCUUAGUGGUCGCGCUCGCUGACAGAGACUCACAAGUAGACUGUGUGUCAACCAGGCCGUAUUGCCACUCCACGCCAACUGCUUUUUUUUUUGGUUGGAAGCAGAGCUAAAGGGAAGCAGAGCUCUGGGAGAGAAGCUGUUUUAUUGCUAGCACCUGCUCAUUAGGGUAGCAAGAUCCUAGCAAUCGCUGAGGAACUGAGGUGAAAUCAUCAGCCUGCCCGUCAGUCAGUUCACUUCCAGAUCUUCUGUGUAACGGCCGCAGUGCUGUGAGUGUGUGUGUGAGGCUCAGUGGUGGAAAUCUGUAUCAAAAAAUCAACCAACGAAUUACGAUUUAACCUCCAUUCCCAGCGAAAGCAGAGAUCAGUUUGUCCAAAGUCACAUUGCCCCGUACCGUGCCAAUUCCCGUGCCGCAGUUAGUUCUCGCGAAGUAUCACGGCACAGAGUCCAGCCGUGUGUGUGUGUGUGGAAGUGGUGACCAACGGUGGUGGACGGUGGAAGUGGUGAAAUAGAAGCUCGUGCGAAGAUAUUUCUGUACCUUUUCCUGGGGCAGUGGGACUUGAGUUCCGUUGCGACCGAGUAAUCCAGGCAGCAACCGUGUCUCCCCCAACGUCGUUCCCUUGGCUUCGGUUUUUUUCACGCUGACUUUUGUGUAUGUGUGUGUGUGUAUUUUCCGGUGUCGUCAUCGGCGGAGGUUGAAGUGGAUGAGAAGGUUUACGUUUCUUCUUCUUCCUGUUUUUGCUGCCCUAGCGCUGUCGGUUUUGCAAUUUUUUGAACAAACAUAUUGACCACAGCUGCCUCAAGCGCGCACGCCACCAGUUCGAAGUGGAAAGUUCUAGAGUGAGAGAAGAAGGAGAAGAAAAAAAAACUCCUACCAACAGGUUGGUUCGCUUGCUGCAGUGUAAUCCAGUGUGCGGUGUCGGAGAAGAUCAGCAAACCCUGCCGUCGUCGUCACCAUGCCACCGUCCUACUGCUCGGUGAAAGGUUGCACCAACAGCCGGAGCCCCUGCUGCAGCUUGUACUGCUUCCCGAAGGAUGUUGUCAUCUGCAAGAAGUGGGUCGACUUUUGCAACCGGCCGGAGCUGUACAAGAAGUACGACGAGAACGGGCCGGAAUAUCUGUACAAAAGUUCCCGCAUCUGCUCGGACCACUUUCAGCCGGCGGACUUCAACAAUCCCAAUCUCUUCAGCCAAGGGCUCAAAAAAGGCUCGGUACCGUCCGUGAACCCGGCGAACUUGGAACCGGCAAAGCCACACGGUGGUAAUGGUGGAGGCAAUGGCAUCGGCAGUGGCGGCGGUGGCGGUGGCGGCAGUGGCAGCAGCAAUGGCGCCGGCUCACCGAUCGAUGAGAAGCUCCUGUCGGCCGUGGCCUCGAUCCCGAACCUGCACACCAACCUGUCGCUCAUGAUGGCUGCCGUCGCGGCGGCCGCCACCCAGUCCGCCAGCCAGAACGCGAGCCAGCUGAGCAGCCUGACCGCCAGCCUGAAACGGUCCGCCUCGGCCAUGAGCGGGGGCAGCAUGGUGGCAGCAAGCCAGGGGACGACAGCGUCCACGACGACGCCCACCGCGACCACACCCGUCUCCUCGUCGAAGCGCAACCGGGCGGUGCCGCCGCUGGCCGCACCGACCGGCGCCCUUGCCAACCUGAUCCAGCGCCAGCAGCAGAUCAAGGAGCAGCAGCUGAAGGAGCAGCAGCUGAAGGACCAGCAGCGGAAGGCGACCGCCCUGGCCGCGCUCGGGCUCGUGAACGGGCAGGUGUCCAUCACGCCCGCCAUCAUCGGUACGCCGCCGAGCAAUGGUAGCAGCAACAACAACCACCACCACAACAACAACAAUGGUGGGGCGAUCUCGCUCGUGACAACGAAAAAAUCUAGUGCCAACAACCAUAACAACAACAACAACAACAACAACAACGUGAGCAACCAUAACCACAACCACCACCAGCAGAGCGGAAAGCUAAACAACAGCAGUAGCAGAGGGCGCUUGUUGGACCACAGCGAGUACGGGCUGAACAUGGUCGACAUGGAUAUGACCGCCGGAGAAUCGUCCGAAGGUGACUCGAGCUAUCAAAACUCGGCCGACGAGGACUACGCGUACCACCAGAAGCUGAAGGUCGCCAAGGUGGAAGCGGUCAUACCGCCGUCGCUCAAGUCGCAGCUGACCGUUACGCCUGCCGGUGCCGUAACCAACACUAGUACGGCGACGACCAUCAACAACAACAGCAUCCACAACGUGAACGCGAAUGGUGGCGGGCUGGUGGAGGAGCUCCACAUCGACUACAAGGAAAAGUACGAACAGACGCUGAAGGAGCUGUUCGCCUGCCGGAAGAUCGUGAAGAACCAGAACAAAGCGAUCCAGCAGCAGCAGAAGGAGAUCGAUUUCCUUAACCUGCUGCUGAAGGAGAAAUGAUCCGAAGUGGUGGCGGCGGUGAUGGUAGCGGAUCAUCACACCCGUAGCCCACCCGUAGUCCGUUCCGGUUGCUCCGGCUCCGAUUCCGGUGGCGUUCUGUUGGCGUGCUAGGACAAAAGAGCACGGUUACAAGUGUGUCCUCCCACCAUGGGGAAGGUUAGCAGUUACCAUUCAUGGCAUUAUGUGGGGCGCCGUCGGCGCCUGUUUUGGAAAGGGGAAAGUUAAGCGCGGGGGAGGUAAAUACGUUAGUGUAAAAUAAAAGUAGAAGGAACAUUCCAUUUGCCACCUUUUCACCAACAAAACAGGCGAGGCGUGGUCAAUCCACGCGUCUCUUCAACAACCACAGUUUGUACAUAGAAGGGAAGGUUCUGAGGGCAUUUAGGUAGACAGAGGACACACACUGGAAGAACGCCAUGACACAGGACACACAAACACAAGAGAUGGAGAUACUGUGGCGUGGUAUUAGCUAUCCGUUUGGUAAUUUAACUUUCUAACUGAUAAAAGGGAUACGGGGGGCGAAUAGUAAAUUUAGCAGGUUGGUCAGUACAGAGAGAGAGAGAUAGAAAGAGAGCUAGUGAGGAAAGGACACAAAUAGUCGCCAAAAUAGUGUGGUGGGGUAAGCGGUUGGAAGCGAAAGUGAACACGGCGGAAGUAACUAGAAUACAAAUAGCAGCAGCAGCAAGCAUUAUGUAUAGUUAAGUAAGUUAAGCUUAAGGCAUUUGGGAUUUCUAUCGGAUGUGUGUUUGUUUGUGUGUACGCAUAUUGUUUGUGUCUUGUUAGAACAAACACAUUUACAGACACAGACACAGACAACUGCAAUUUCGGCUAGGUGUAAUAUUCAACAGGUGUGUGAUUGAAAAACAGUGUUGUGCAAUCAACACACAGAGAAAGAGAGAGAGAGAGAGAGAGAGAGAAAGUAGGAAAAGUAGGGCUUAUAGUAAAAAAGAAAGUCAAUACACAAAAAAAACAGGAAGAAAUAUUAUUUAAAAAUUAAAAAAGAUGGGGUUUUUUGGAGGUGUGUAAGAGGUCACACUGCUGUCGCCACGGUUUCGGAUAGGAAAGGGCAGUAGAGGUAGUAGAGGUCGACGAAGAUUGUAUUUUGUGGUGAUCGUAUAAAAAAAAAGAAACGUAUUAAAAAAACAAAACACAGGAAUAAAAGGCGCCUUGAUAUUCAAAUUAAAGCGGAAAAGCGGUGAGAAAUGGGAAUUUAGCGGUGAGAAUUAGAAGUUUAGUGAGAGGAAUGAAGCGUGUGAGCGUAUUCUUUCCUCACUUCUGUGUAUUCCCUUCUCAAUCCAAUCUGCACAAACACUUUCAGCAACACGAUAGACUAGAACGGAAAUUCUACGUUUUGGAAGCAGUUUUUUUUAAUUUACGAUACUGCAUCUGGGAAGAGGAGAACGAUCAUGUAAAUAUUUCAAGUAUCACACACACACUCACCACUGGUCAUGCAAACCGAUCCGUCUCUCAAUUAUAAGGUAAAAACAAAAUUCAGUAAGAAGCAGUUGAGUUGAGGUUAGUAGUGGAAAUGAAGAAAAACAAACGCGUACUAUAUAACUAUAUAGAUAGGAAUAAAUGGAAGAGGGAGUGGGGGGAUGUGGGACAAGUUGUGUUAAACUGAAUGGUGAAUGUUACUACAAACAAAAAUCAACAACCGAACGAAAGACGAUGACAGUAUGAUGAGAGAUGUACUUCUACUAUUACUAUUAAUACUAUUACUUCUACUACUAUCGAUUACUACUACACAACUAUUUGCUGGUUCGGUACAAUCGAAAUAAAAACGAAGAAAAAAAAAACACAACAACACAAAAGGUUUGCCAUAAAAAGUAAUGCAAAACGACGUCUGUGCAUUUUAUUGAAAAGAAGCGGUGUGAUACUAAUGAAAGAAAAUGAAAGUAUUGGAAAGUAGGAGAGUAAUAAACUCACGGUUGCUUGUUUUGAAGUAAAUAGUGUGUAAUUCAUCUAAUUUCGUUUAUUUCAUCAUUAUAAUAAUGUCCAAUCCAAUUUCAGUUCAAUACUUCUUCAGGAUUGCUGUUUUUUUUCUUCUUUUUUGCUACACGUGCCUCACAUGUUAAAGAUAAUCUUACAACUCUCUAUUAAACUUCUUAUCAUAUUUUAACACGAUUUUCGAACGAUGAAGGAAUCAUUAGGGAGGGCAAAAAGAACGCCGCUUCCCUCCAUUUUGGAUCUCUCUUCUUCUGCCAGGUUCUCUCAAACACUCCUCCACUUAUUAUUUUACUCGAUUAGACUCUAUUAUGUUCUUUACUUUCCAAAAAUAGUUUUAUCUUUGCUCUUUUGUUAUAUUUUUCUUUUAGAAAACACACGAAUUUAACGAAUCUUUUUUUGUUUUUGUAACGAAUUGCUUACGCUUAUUUGUAUUGCUUAUUGAUAACGUGGGAGAGAAAAUUUUGCCCCUACUUUUCACUUGCUUUUUCCCCAAAUUGGCUUGCAAAUGCACUUUAUUAACUAUGAAUCGUCUUUGACUUUCAAUUGCUCCUGCUCACAGGAAACUACAAUCACCUUGCACCCCCCCUCUCUAUACUGUAAUCUUCACGUACAAAUUAUAACGCCUUGAAAUCCGUGUUCCUUCUUUAAACAGAAUCGGUACGAUCCUGUGCUGCGGGGGUGACAAAAAAAAACUUAUAAAAUCGCUUCUAAAAUGUGUACAACUUGGCUUCAUCAUUGUACAAAAUAGUAGUGUAAAAGAAGUAAGGAAAAUAAUGCGUGUGCCCUCCUCCGCACACGAUCGUUGUGGGAAUAAUUGGGAAAAAUAGAAAACAAGCCAAAUAAGCUGAAAAUCAGUUCUGGGGCGUCGUUGUCUGCCACACGAGGCAUUUUCUAUUGGCGAUACACACACCAAACAACAUCAGGCGUGUUGAGAUUCAAUAAUGCUGCUUAAAAAGUAGUAUACAACCUUACUGUAUUGUGACUCUCACUUUCUUCCUUCCUCUCUCUCUCUCUUUCUCUCUUCCUUUUACAAUAUUUUGGCACGCGCACGGUUUUGAUGUGUAAUAUGCCUAUGUGUUCCGUUUUAUCGUUGUUAGUAGACGUUUCUCCUCCACGUGUUUUCACUUUUAUCACGAUCAUUAUGCUAUCACGCAGACACACACACACACGCAUACAUACAAACACACACCUAUACAGUCACAUACAUACACAUAUAUGUGGAAGAGGAAGUAAUAGGCAGAGGCAAAUAGAGGGGCGCGCUGCUGCUUGCAUGCGUAACCUAAAAAUUAAACACCUAAAAAAAGAAAAGAAAAGAAAAAAACGGAACGGAAGCGAACGACGAAAUGAAAAACUAAAACAAACACUCACACACACACAACUCCUAAUCACGCUUGGGGGAUGAUUGCCUUACAUGUGUACAAAUGAGAGGGACGGGGGGGGGG